CUCCCACACACACACAUUCCUGUUUCUAUAAAACGGUAGAGGAUCCCAUCACAUAGUUAAGAGAGAACCACACCAGCAUCACAGCAGCAGCCAUGACUUCAGCUCCAGGCCUCAUGGGAUUUUGGAUCACUGCACUGAUAAUUCUUGUUGCAACUGUGGAAGAAGCACAAAUGAACAAAGUGAGGACGCCAGACAUCCUGUUCCCUCCUGCCUGCCCCAAAAUGACAAAUCUCAAGAACAUCUGUGAACUGGGUCAGUACCGUCCCAGAUAUCCUGACAAGUCCUUACCCCUAACUGGUUACAGCGAUUUACGCCGCCGUGCGAACGCUAUAAACCGUCUGGAGUCAUGGUACGAUAUUUGCUGCCAUGAACAAAAUGCACCACCGGACAGUCAGAUCCUCUGCUGCGCUGAACAAGCUUGGAAACAAGCUCUGUCUCAGUUCUGCGUGGAGGAGUACUCCACCAUGUCUGCUGCCUACGAGUGCUGCGAAUACAAAAAUGUCGCUCGGUGGACCUGCUUCGACAGCGACCUGCCAAACCCAGACUACGACAAGAAACCAGAUUACAUUGCUCCAAAUAUGCCCCGGGAGCCCGGAUUCACCUUCAACUCAGAUGCUUGCUAGAAGUUCAGACUCAGAUCUCAAUGAAAUGCUUUCAUUGGAGUAAGAUAAGUCAAGCAAGGAGUUAAUGCUUAUCUAUAUCUUGCCUUUGUUCCAGGGAAUCAGAGAAGUAGAAAUUGGGUUGAUUCAAGGACGUUAAGAGUCCCAACGCUGUCUGCUCUAUGUGUUAACCAAGCUUUGUUUAGAUAACAGAAAACAUUUGUUCAGUAGUAUUUCACAAGUUGUAUCUUGCAUCGGUAUCGUGAUCUUUGAUGAAAAAUAAAACAAAAACACAAUCUAAAAGUUGCUUUCAUGCAUUUUGCAACUGGAGAAGCUUUAAGAGGUUGUAACAGUGUUAGGGUUCUCUAUGUAAUAUGUAAACAAUUUUGCAAGUGUAUUCAUUCACAAAAUGUGCAAUAAAAGCCACACGUUUCAAAA